AUGGCCCCCGCUAAUACGCUGCCCGCUUGGGCUGAGCUUCAAGCUCAUCGUGACAAUGUUGGCAAAAAUUUCAUCCUCAAAGAGGCCUUCGCUUCAGACCCGGAUCGAUUCUCUCGAUUCACUCGUACCUUCGACUCUAGCGGGGUUUCGGCCGAGAUUCUUUUCGAUUUCAGCAAGAACUUCCUGACUGAUGAGACCCUCGACCUCCUGGUCAAGCUUGCCGAGCAGGCUGGCCUGGAGAAGAAACGAGAUGCCAUGUUUGCCGGCGAGAAGAUCAACUUUACUGAGAAGCGUGCUGUUUAUCACACUGCUCUGCGAAAUGUCGGCGGCUGGGACAUGAAGGUUGAUGGUGUGGACGUCAUGAACGCCCCUGGUGGUGUCAAUGACGUUUUGAAACAUAUGAAGGAGUUCUCAGAACAGGUCCGGAGCGGAGAGUGGAAGGGUUUUACCGGAAAAAAGCUAACUACCAUUAUCAACAUUGGAAUUGGUGGCUCUGAUCUUGGCCCCGUCAUGGUCACGGAAGCUCUGAAGCACUAUGGAGCCGAUGACAUGACUCUUCACUUCGUCUCCAACAUUGAUGGAACUCACAUGGCUGAGGCUCUCAAGAACUCUGACCCCGAGACCACCCUCUUUCUUAUCGCCUCCAAGACGUUUACCACGGCCGAGACCACAACCAAUGCCAACACUGCCAAGGCCUGGUUUUUGGACCAGACUGGGAAUAAGGGCGACAUUGCCAAGCACUUUGUUGCUCUGUCUACCAACGAGCCUGAGGUAACCAAGUUUGGAAUCGACAGCAAGAACAUGUUUGGAUUCGAGAGUUGGGUCGGCGGUCGAUACUCUGUCUGGAGUGCCAUUGGUCUUAGCGUUGCCUUGUACAUUGGCUUUGACAAUUUCCACAGGUUCCUCGGUGGUGCCCAUGCCAUGGACAAACAUUUCCGCGAGACGCCCAUCAAGGAAAAUAUUCCCAUUCUUGGUGGUUUGCUCAGCGUCUGGUACUCUGACUUUUUCCAGGCUCAAACUCAUCUUGUUGCUCCAUUCGACCAAUACCUCCACCGCUUCCCUGCUUACCUACAGCAGCUCUCUAUGGAGUCAAACGGAAAGUCUAUUACUUCUGAUGGCUCCGCUGUCAAGUACACCACUGGCCCUAUUCUCUUUGGCGAGCCCUGCACCAAUGCUCAGCACUCCUUCUUCCAGCUUGUCCAUCAGGGUACCAAGCUGAUCCCCACCGAUUUCAUUCUGGCUGCUCAGUCUCACAACCCCACCACCAACAACCUACACCAGAAGAUGCUGGCAUCCAACUACUUUGCUCAAGCUGAGGCCUUGAUGGUCGGCAAGACUGACGAGCAGGUCAAAGCUGAAGGUACUCCCGAGGAGCUCGUUCCACACAAGCGAUUCCUCGGAAACCGCCCUACGACUUCUAUCCUCGUUGGAGGAACAAUUGGACCUGCCGAGCUAGGAGCCUUAAUCGUCUACUAUGAGCACUUGACUUUCACCGAGGGUGCCAUUUGGGACAUCAACAGCUUUGAUCAGUGGGGCGUCGAGCUGGGCAAGGUUCUGGCCAAGAAUAUCCUCAAGGAGCUAGACGAGGCCGGUAAUGGUGCGGGCCACGAUGGCUCGACUGGCGGUCUUAUCGGGGCUUUCAAGAAGUACUCCAAGAUUUAA